GAGGGCUUUCGCAACACAGUCAAUGGAAAUUCGACUGGGCAGAUUCAACCGUCGACUGGUGUAGAUGGCGAAUGGCAGAUACUCCCUGCCCGAUCCUGGGAGGGUGAUUUGAAUGAGUUGGAUGUAAAUGACGGGGUUGCACUGGUCGGUGUGAUAUUUUUGGUGCCAUCUACCUGGCAGAGGUUUCCUGAAGAGCCGACACAGAAGACAACUGCACUGAAUUACCAGCUGCCAUGACAGGGGUGGGAGCAGAGGAUGACAUUCCUCUCUGUGAGAGGAAAACUGUCACAGACUUCUGCUAUCUCCUGGACAAGUCCAAGCAACUUUUCAAUGGCUUAAGGGAUUUGCCUCAGUAUGGACACAAGCAGUGGCAGUCUUAUUUCGGCCGAACAUUUGAUGUGUAUACCAAGCUAUGGAAGUUUCAGCAGCAGCACAGACAAGUCCUGGACAACCGGUAUGGUCUCAAAAGGUGGCAAAUAGGCGAGGUUGCCUCAAAAAUUGGCCAGCUGUACUACCAUUACUACCUCCGCACUUCGGAAACAAGCUACUUAAAUGAAGCCUUUUCUUUCUAUUCGGCCAUUCGCCAACGAUCGUAUUAUCACCAAGUCAACAAAGAAGACAGGCCAGAGCUGGUGGUUAAAAAGCUGAGGUAUUACGCUCGGUUUAUCGUUGUUUGUCUAUUGCUCAAUAAGAUGGACCUGGUCAAAGUGUUGGUCAAGGAGCUUUCUGAUGAAAUUGAGGACUACACCCAGCGCUUCAAUACAGAAGACCAGCUGGAGUGGAACCUGGUGCUGCAGGAAGUUGCUGCUUUUGUGGAGGCAGAUCCACUUAUGAUCCUAAAUGAUGACAACGGUGUGGUGGUCAUAUCCAAUCGGCUACAGGAAGGGGGCGUGCCCUCGCUUGAACAGGGCAUGGUGGUUGGCCAGCUCACCUUGGCAGAUGCGCUCAUCAUUGGCAACUGUAACAAUCAGGUGAAGUUUAGUGAGCUGACCAUCGAUAUGUUUCGUAUGCUUCAAGCUCUCGAAAGGGAACCGGUGAACUUGGCCACGCAAAGCUCCAAGCCAGGGACACUUGUAAGAGAAGACUCUUACACUCUCCCUGUCACUCUCUAUGAGCCCAAUGAAAAGCCGGCCAAGCGAGAGAAUCCUCAUAAAUAUCUCCUCUACAAACCAACCUUCAGCCAGCUUUACACUUUCCUGUCUGCCUCUUUCAAGGAGCUGCCAGCCAAUAGCGUUCUGCUGCUGUAUUUAUCUGCCACUGGAGUUUUCCCUAAUGGACGCUCGGAGUGUGAAGGACCUUAUGACUUUGGAGGCGUCCUGACCAAUACUAACCGAGAUGUUGUGAACGGUGAAAUGGUGCAGAAGAGGAACCAGGCACAAAAAGAGAUGCACUGCCUCCACCCAGGAGACCUAUUCCCCUUUACCAGGAAACCUCUGUUUAUCAUUGUAGACUCAUCUAACAGCACAGCUUAUAAGAAUUUUUCUAAUCUGUUUGGCCAGCCACUGGUAUGCUUGCUGUCCCCUACUGUAUAUCCGAAGAGCAUGCAAGAUCAAUCUCAGCGUGGGAGUUUGUUUACUCUCUUCCUCUACAACCCCCUCAUGGGCUUCCUGUCUGUCUGUGGACUGACCAGCAUGCGCUAUGGAUUGUGGGAAAAGGCCCAGGAACUCCUGCGGAAGGUUUUCCAUGACAUCGGCCAAAUGAUCACCGGUUCACGAGUCAUAGAUCAAGCCUAUCUGCAGUUUUAUGGAGACGAGUUUCUGCGUCUGCUAAUGAUCCGCUUUGUGUUCUGCUGCACCACGCUUAGACUACACAAGCUCUUCCGGGAAGCGAGAAGUUUUCCAGAAUCCUACCCACCGCUGCCUAAACAGGAGAUGGUGGAGAGCAGCCUUCUACAGAAACAUGUGCUGGAGUUGGCAGCCAUGUUGGACGUGCAAAACCUUUUCUCUGAUGGCAUGUUGGAUAACUAUUGACCACAUGGUGGCACCAGGCCAAUUUAUGCACAUACACAUGCUCAUACACUCACACAUACACAAGUUGUACUGUAGGUAGUUUCUUCUGAAUAAACUUGGGUGUUUAACCUACUCUAAACAUUUAGAUCUAGAUAGUUUAAGAACUAUUCAAGAGAAAUGUUUCAUCUUUCUGGGCAGAUAUUUGCAUUCACAUAAAUGUAUAUAUUUUAAGAAAUGACACAAGCCCAGAGCGUUGCUCCCUCCCAGCAUACAGGAGAACAUGUUGAUUUUAUACAUACAUGCAUGUACUGUAUGAGGGCAGGCACAUGGACGUUCAGACCUGUUGAGGGCAGCUAUCACAGUUACUGAAGGUCAAUAGAGAGCACAAGGUAACAAUGCUAAAAAAAGAAGCAUUACAGAAUGUGAAUGGGAAACAUUUUUUAUGUUAAUAGGUGUAAUUACAGGGAAAUUCUUCCAAAAUGAGCCUCUGGCCUUGGCAAAACACAUUUCGAAAAAGGAAGAUUGUUUUUCCUCCUUAACACUUUGCCUCUGCAACGUUUACACUUUUUCCAUAGGAAGCGUGCUGCAUGUUUGCAUUUUCGGUUCUGCUCCGAUCUUUUAUACGUCUUGCCUUUUUUGUUUGAUUUUUGUCCGUUAACAUUCCUUCGUUUUUCUGAUUUUUCUGCGGAUUUUAGACUGGCCUUUUAACGGAGGUUCACCAUGCCUCUUUAGGGUCAUUUUGGCCAUCCGCUGUCUCUCAAUUAAUCGCUACGUCCUAAACAGGAUCUCUGUCAACAGUUUUUAAAAACGAGAUUGUUUUUUAGCAUGCCUCAGUAGUGUGGUAAACCCAUACUUACAUAGCUAAUGUAAUAACCUUAUGUCUUAUUCCAUGUCUGCAGUGGACACCAAUAGCCAACAAAGUUGUCUUUUAUAACGUCACAAAGACGUACAUGAUAAUUUUCCUGUACAUAGGUAAAAAUUUGUGUACAUAUAUAUCUCUCUCUCUAUAUAUAUGUAUAGUCCUAAGCAGUUAAUGUGAUGCAGAGAAGUGUGUCUGUCUGGGUUGUUCGUCGUGGCAGAUCUGUGAAAAGAUGACCCCUGCAUGUGACAGGGGCAGUGUUCUUGUGUCGAAUUUGUGAAUGGACCAUGCCACUGUCUCAAUCCCGCAGUCAGAUGACAUUCCAACAUUCACUUGCAGAAGAGCUCCUCCUUUACAAUCCAUCCAUGUCAAGGACGAUGGAUGUCUUCUUGAGUUUAAUAAGAAGAAUUGAUGUGUUUUGUUUGUUUCAUUACAUCACAAUGAUAAUGUUGAUGAUAAUGGUUACAAUAAUAGCCUUGCACUUUACUUGCACUAUUUAAGUUUGACUUUGAUGUUAUAUUUAUUGUGCUUUUGGUAAGAGGCAUGUCUGAUCAUUCCAUUAUGUCACACUUGUCCGAGAGUGGCAAGAAGCUUUUUCUAGAUUGAAAAUGGCACACAAUAAGGCUUUGAAAAAUAUCACAGUCAUCACGGUUUACUAUCCCCCCACAGUUCGAUUGUGGCCAAUCAAAUGGGACCAAAAGAUUCUUGCAUGUGGAGAGCACAAGGUCCCAUAGACUAAUGUAAUACCUUCUCAUCUCUCUCGCCUUUAGUGCGGCAACUCGACCCUUGUCAUUGAAUCACGUUUGUAUUUUUGCAUGUUUGCAAGAUUAAAUAUAAUCCAAAUAUAGCUGCUUCCACUAACGUAUUUUUCGAAGAAUACCCCGCUUACGAAAAAGAGAGAAGUUUGCCGAACAAAUCACUGCCAAACGGAAUCAACAUUUACAUGGAUUUUCCACUGCCCAAAUUAUGCAGACAAUUGUGUUCUCUCGCAGGCACAGAUUGUUUUACGGCCUAGCUCUUUAUUUGGUUUGCCAAAAGCAAGAGAUGAGCAGGGAAACAGAUGGUGAAUGCCACGGUUUCCUCUCUUUCGAGUCUGCUGACCAUGACUGGUUAACCAUUGAAUGUUUUUGCCUUGUUUUAUUUAAUUUGUGUUAGUAAUACAAGUGGGUUGAUUUAAUGUCUCGACAUUCUCUAAAUUACCCUGUAAAUUCUUGCUGAGGUUGUCAUUGUGUAGUGCUAUGUUCACAGCCUCCCUUUAAAAUAAGAGCACAGGGACAAAUAAGAAGCACUUACAGUAUGCAUGAAAUGCACCACAAGAAUUUACCAAUCUUGGAUUUAGGACAAAAAUGCAACACAUUUUUGAUAUGUAGAAAUUAUUUUAUCUUGAGUGCUUUCUAACCAGGACAUAAUCUGAUUUCUGUAGAUGCAGAUGUUAGUUAUCUCUGCUUUAUUUUAAUGCCACAGUUAAUCACUUUAACAGCCAUGAUUUGAAGGAACAGACAAAAUGUACAUUUGUGUAUUUUUAAUUUUUUUUUAUUGUAAUCAUCAUGGUUUGUGGGGCCAUAUCUAAGGUGUAGUACGGGUGAUUUCUACCAGUUCCUGCUGUUGUCGUGGGGAACAUUUUCAAAAGUGAUGUAAUGGUCAGAAUACUCUUUCUUUAUAAGUUAAGGGGUUCUAGAGUUGCUAGUGGAACAUACUUGCAUUGUCCAGUUGUCAUGUGUUUUUAAUCAUUUAAAUGUUUUGUCUUAUCUGUUGCCAAAUUAUAUUUGAUGUUUGUUGUUAAAUGCAGAAAAAAGAACAAUGAAGAAAUGUGAUGAUACCAAACCAUGCAAGCUUUUUGUUUUUAAGAAUGCUAUUUAAGAACAUUAAAAAGUUAUGACUGUUUUGCUUAACUUUUGGUGUGCCUUUAAUCGCGUUUAUUCUACUUUCAUUCCACGUAGGAUAGUUUUUAUUUUAGCAAAUCAAAUAAGGAGAAUUCAGCCUAAAGUCUCUUAAAAGGUGCAAUGUGGGACUUUUAGAAGAAUCUGCAGAAAUGUAAUAUAAUAAAUAUAACUAUAUUAAACGAACAGUAUGUAGGAUUGUGGUCAAAACUGGUACUGCAAUCACAAAGCUUGUGGCUAAAACUGGUACUGCAAUCUCACAACUGGUUGCCAAUACCCAACAGGACAACAUAAACAUCAGUUGAGGGCUGCAACUCCACUUUUAAAAUGACAAUAUCCUGAACAGACCACUGUUGCCAGUGAUAUAAGUAUUUGAAAUGAAAAUGAUUUAUUAAUGUCUAGUGACAUAUCAGGGCCAUUUUAUGAUUAAUUGAUAUACAUUUCUUACAUACUGUUCCUUUAAAUAUAACAGUGGUGUAUAUAGCAGAUGUCUUCAUGGGUCCACACCCGAGUGGGUUUGGGUCUAGAAGUUUCAUGUGUGCCUCUGACACGAGUCGGGUAUAAUAUUAGCAGCCUUUGGUAAUUUAAAAUGAAUGUGUUUUUGCUGAACGGGUCCAAACUAUCUCGCGUCAGUCCUUUUCCAACCUCUCUUCUGUUUGUCAAGAGCGCUUGCGACAUCGUGUUGCUGGCAGUAGGUUAAUUUUCAUUGAGCCAGACAUGUCAAUCAAUUUUGAAUGCACAUUUGAGCGGUUCCGAUCUCUCUAAUGAAGCCAAUACGGAAGUGACUUAAACUGCAAUUCAUCGACUGGCCGCUUGAGGCUGGCUCCAAAAGGGAGUCAAUUCCCAUAGACAUCCAUGUUAAAAUGCCCAACUUUACAGUAGAAAAUAAUAUGUUUACAGCCUGGUACAAAAAGUGUUUUUGGUCUAUAUAUCUAAUUUUGCCCUUCAUGACAACUGUGAGGGGGGUGAAUUUUUUUGUAACUCGUCCGUUUAAAUGAUAUUAAGUCUUAAAGUUCUGCAUAAUUGAGGGUGUGGCCGCUUGAGUGACAGUUGAACCGCCACUGCUGUCACUAGAGUCGAGCUAGGGCGGGGGUGGUUUCAGCAACCAGCCACCUCAGCUUCACCCAUGUCCCGCUUCUUUACCCAUUUUCGGGUUUUUCGUAAGUGAUUCGCUGUGAUGCACGGCCAAGAUGGUGACAGCAGGCAAUGCCUACUUUAAGCUUCAAAAACGAUCUCCACAAAUUAAUGGGUGACAUCACGGACACUACGUCCAUAUUUUUUUUACAGUCUAUGGUGGUAACCUUGGUGUCGUUGUCAGACAACAAAUGAAAAUAAAUGGAGCAGCUGGCCACUUUCAAUUAUAUUUUAGUAAAUCUGAAUUGAUUAAGCAAAAAUCGAGGCAGCAAAGAUUUUUUUACAGUGUAAUGAUAUUGGACCCACUAACUUUUUAUAUUAUUUAGCGCAUUGGUUUGUUCCAUAGCACAUAGUUCACUUGUCAGAGCACCGUCAGUCAAAUCCAUUCCACUAGAGGAAUUCCAUAAUAAAUUAAACUCUGUUACUUGACUUUUUUCGCUGCUGUUUUCUCAAAUCCAUUCCACUUGACUCAUUUAGAGUCCAUAUAAUUAAACUCCAUUUCGUGUUUUCACUCCUUUUGCCAACUGUACUCCUGCCAAACAACAAGGUAAGCAAAGCUUUUAGGCUACAAAAGCAACUGUUUAAUUAAAAAAUACAGAAAAUGGCAUCUCCCAGUAAAUGCUUGGACCCACCCACAUUUUGGUGUGUUGUGAUACGCCAGCAGGUGACAAAUCAGCAGGACGUUUAGAGAGAAUAAAGCCAUCUUAAAACAUUGAUCAUUUUCUAAACAAAAAAGUAUAGUACUACAUCUAAUAAUUAUACAUAAAUAAAUCAGUUUUUUACCGAUGCAAAAUAUGUUAGAAACGAUACAUUGCGAUGCAAAUGCUAAUCUGUUUUUAAACCGGUGCAUCACACCGCUAAUUUUUUAUGCCGAUGCACAGAGCAAAUCGGGGAAUCUUCCCGUUCCCACUAAAUGGACAAACUGAUCAAUAGAUCGCGUUUUGUUACUGUCGUCUCAGAUGAUGGCAUGAUUGUCCUGUGGCGGCUACCGAAGCUUUACUAUGCAUUACAAAAGGAGGGGUGAGCUGUGGACUGGGCCAGUGGUUGCAAUUCACAGUCUCGCCAUUAGAGACCGCUAAAAGUCCUACAUUGCACCGCUAAUCAAAAUAUACGAUUAUGAGCUUUAAU